AUGAGCUCGCCUGUCGUCACGUCGACGGGAAGAUCGACUGGCGGAUCUCCAGGGAGCGCGUACUUCGUGAAGGACCAGGCUGUCUGUGGCUGGCUGAACGAGAAGUGCACGUUUGCUGGAUUCGCCAACCUUGAUAUAGAAUCGCAAAGGUACUUGACCAUAGAGUAUCUCAAGUUCCUUCUACGUGCGGAAACAGACGACUUUGAGGUGGUCUAUCCGUUCAUCAUCAACGUGUGCAAGAGCAUCAGCUCAGGAUUCGGUCUCCUGACUGGUAAUAUUGUUGAUAUUAAUUGCGAUGAGCUGAACUACGACUUAAACGCGGUCUGCAGCGAUCAGAUCUUCAUAACCGCCCAGGCUACCACACCAUUUGCAGAGUGCUUGGGCGAGAACGGGCUCACGUGUGAUGGGUUUGAACCAGUUUACGAACCGCUUGCGCUUGGAUCAUUGAAAGUCCUUGCGUGCCUUACCGUCUACGUCCUCACUACGGCUCCCACUCAAGUCGCUGGGCAGUUUGGAUGCGAUUUGAUUACAAUCAUUUCUAGAAUAUUCGGCAGUGCUGCAUCCACGGCCCUGAUGCCGUUCCUGUGCGCACUUCAAAACGCGCUGGACCUCGAUUGCUCUGGCAUCUCGUGCUAGGGCGGUCCAAGUGGACUGCACACUCACAGCGACCUCAGUAUUCACCUUCAGCGCUUGUAGUAGCGGCGUUAACAAUCAGUCGACGAGAAUAAGACCAGAUGAAUAAGCAGAAAUCUGCGCCCUUGCAUCGUUUCUUUCUCAUCGUGCUUCCGGCGCUUUGUACACCAGCUGUGAGAAAUCUGUGCAAUAAUAUUACAUACUGAGAACUAUAUCAGCAGCUACGAUAAAAAGAAUGGCUAGUAAAUGACAUGAGGAGACAUUUUCUCUUAUCAUGUCCAAACUGUUUCUGUCACUUUUUUGUUUAUCAUUAUUCCUCUCGAUAGAAAUGUCAGAGAACUAUCCCGUUUUCGCAUCUUGCCGGCAUAACUCCCAUUGAAAACGAGAA